GGACCGAUUGUUCAAUACUCUAUACCUUUUGGAAUAGACGAAAAAUACUUGAAACUUGAAGUGCGAAAAACCAUCUGUAUGAACUUUGAAGUGCGAUCCAGCCCUUAUCGUUCAAUUCCGUUAAUUUAGGCGUUAAAAACAGCAAAAAUUAUCAAAAUUAAAAAGAAAUAAUUGUGUGUGGGAUCCUAAACUUUUUUUCUUUUUGUAAAUUACACCUAAAACUUUUAUUUGUAUCAUCCAUGAUCCCAAACCUUUAAAACUUUACAUUUUCUUCUACAAUCCCACCCCUACUCUCCCCUACGUCGUCUUCCCGACGUCACCCCAAGCCAACCCAAUCCAAAUUUCGCCGGUAUUCUCCCCCUACCGCUAACCAAAUCUCGCCGGCAACAUGAAGUGCUAGCGCGUGCAAUUCCCAGUGAUGGAAUCUUUCAUUAAUCUGAGAAUCAAUUGGCGUGAUAAUGGAGGAAACGCACAAACUAUAAGAACCAGAAUUCCAAUCUCCGAAGCAACCAGUUCCUCACAUGCUUCCGAAAUUUAAAUCAAUCUCUUUAACUGAAAAAAAAAAAAUACAAAAUCUACAUAAUAAAAGCAAUCCAGAAAGCGUGAAUCCGCAUUAACUUCAUUCUGUAAACUUCACCUUUUCCAAUCCCUUUAUUGCAAACCCUGGACCUUUAUAACAACAUUUGCAAUUGUCCAUAUACUCCGGUUCAGGCUAAAUCCUUGGAGAAAACUGGUUCUAUAGACAUACAAGAUGUCAAAUUGGGGUCAAGUUUUCGCAGGUGCGGUGCUGUUCAUUCUGUUGACUCCGGGUCUUCUGAUUCAGAUGCCGGGUCGGAACCGGUUCGUGGAGUUCGGCAACUUCCAGACUAGUGGAGUUUCCAUACUGGUUCAUUCUAUUAUCUAUUUUGCUCUCAUUUGCAUUUUCUUAUUGGCUAUUGUGGUUCAUAUGAUAUGUCCAUACAUUUUUUUGAGGUGCUCACUCGCCGUGGCGAUUUUCACCAGGAUUUUGUGAAUGAAAAGUGCUAGGUGUAAUUUGCAAAAAUCAAAAGUUUGGGACCACGCUUGCAAUUAUUCCUCUCAAAUUUUCACUAUUUUUAAUGCUUAAGCUAAUGAAAUUAGACGGUAGGGGAUGGAUCGCAAUUUAAAGUUCAUACAGGGGUGGUUUUUCGCAUCCAA